UGGAGAGAAUGCGGGCGUUCCAGAUGCGCGUGUUUGACUACGCCCACGCGCACGGACGUGGGCACGCUACGUCUCAUUGAGGGAAAGAGGGGGAGAGAGAGCAGCAAAAUAUGGCGACCUCGAACAAUCCGCGGAAAUUCAGCGAGAAAAUCGCUCUGCAUAACCAGAAGCAGGCAGAGGAGACGGCGGCGUUCGAGGAGGUGAUGAAAGAUCUGAGCAUUACCAGGGCAGCAAGGUUACAGUCACAGAAGACGCAGUACCUGCAGCUGGGUCAGAAUCGCGGGCAGUACUACGGAGGCUCGCUCCCCAACGUCAACCAGAUAGGAAACGGCAGCACUGACCUGCCUUUCCAGACUCCCUUCCAGACGGACACGAGCCGAACCACGCGGCACCACGGCCUGGUGGACCGGGUUUACCGCGACCGGAACCGCCUUACCUCCCCGCACCGACGGCCGCAGUCUGUGGAUAAACAUGGCCGCCAGAUCGACAGCUGUCCCUACGGCGCGGUGUACCUGUCGCCUCCCCCCGACACCAGCUGGAGGAGGACCAAUUCGGAUUCUGCCCUGCACCAAAGCACCCUGAACCCCCCUCCUCAGGAUGGCUUCAUGGGAGGGUCCCAGGAACUGCAGCCAAAAAGAGUUCUCCUCCUCACAGUGCCAGGAACGGAAGAUGCUGACUCAGAGGGGGAUAAAGAUGGCCAGAAGCAGAGCUGGAACGAAAAGAAUGUGCUGUCCAGGCCCAAACCCUGCAAGGUGCCAGGAAUCAAUAUAUUUCCGUCACCGGACCAGGAGAUGACUGCCACCCUGAUCCCCGCCACUCACAACACAGGAGGGUCCCUCCCUGACCUCACCAACAUCCAGUUCCCCCCCCCGCUACCCACCCCGCUGGACCCUGAGGACACUGCCGCCUGCCCCACCCUGAACGCCAUGCCCACCCACCUGGGACUCACCUCCACCGGCCAAGGUGGUGGUUCGGCCCAGUCCAGAACGCCGGACGGAGUUCCGCUCUCCCUCGAGGGCGACGCCCACCGACACCCGCCCCUCCAACAGCUCUCCCCCACCCUCUCAUCCCCCCUCACCAUCACCCAGGCCAUUGCGAUGGACACUCUGACCCUGGAGCAGCAGCUGUCCCAGUACUCCUUCUACUGCCCGCCCACAUCACAGGCCCAAGAUCAGCCUACAUCUCAGCCGGCCAAUCAGAGCAUUCAGCUGGCCAGGCUGGUCCAGGUCCCGCCCCUCUCCACCACCACUUCCUCCUCGCCGUCCCCCGCAGCCAGUCAGACGCAGGCGACGGGCGGGGAUGCAGACAUCAACUCACACACGUCCAUAUUAGCCAGUGUCUACGGGGACAGCUUCUAUGAGCAGCAGCCGCUGUCCCGUCACACCCACCAGCUGGAACAGUUCGGCAUGGUGGAGACCCCCGUCAGCUCUGGCGGCCUCUACACCCAGGGCUCCACCCUCAACUACACACAGGCAGCCAUGAUGGGGCUCACCGGGAGCCAUGGAAACCUGCCGGACAUCCAGCAGCUGGGAUACAGUAACCACGGCAACAUCCCUAACAUCAUCCUCACAGGUAGGGUAGCAGUGUCGGGCGAGUCCCCGCCCAGCCUGUCGAAGGAGCUGAGUGGCUCUCUGUCGGCUGACGUCAGCUUCGACGCGGACUCCCAGUUCCCGCUGGACGAGCUGAAGAUCGACCCCCUGACCCUGGACGGACUGCACAUGCUCAACGACCCCGACAUGGUCCUCACCGACGCUGCCACGGAGGACACGUUCCGGAUGGACAGGCUGUGACACGGGCCGGGCGGGGGGGGCUCCCCAAAAACACCCAGCUGCUACCCGCUCCCACAUACCCCAGGAUGUACAGUACCCCCCCACCCCCCCCCCUCCUAAACGCCACCCCUGAACCACACGGACAAAACUGAGAACUCCCCAAGCUGUGCCACUUCUGAAAAAGAGAGAGAGAGCGAGAGAGGGGGAUGAGAGGGAUUUAAAAAAUGAGGUGGGGGCACAUGGUCACGUCCUGAGGAGUACCACCAUCGCCCCACCCCCCCGGUUGCCGUCGGUCCCGUGAUGGGGGGCAGCUGAGGAGGAUUUCUGUUGUUCAUACGUUGUUCAUACGUUGUACAGGCGUUCGCAAACAAAACCCCUGCUUUGGGCUGUUGGAUUUAUUCAUUUUCUGGUCUUGGUUUUGCAACAGAAGCUCAGUGAACCGCAUUAUUAAGGACAGCUACUGGAUGUCUGCACAUUGACCAUUUAUUUCCUCCGUUCAGUGUUUCUGUUGCCAUUCAUUUCGUUUUGUAUCUCAGAUUUAUUUAGUUUUUGUUUAUUUAUUUAUUUUUUUUGGGCGGGGGGUGCUUUUUACAAAUGAGAUUUAUUUUAUAAUUGCCAUAUUUUUUUAUUUUUUUUAAUUCACCAAAAAUUGUGAAUAUUUAUAACAGUGUGGAUUCAUCUUUCUUUAUUACUUUGAUUUAAAGUGCAUCUGGCGAUCUGGUGUUUUUGGUUCUGAGCCUUUGUGUGGGGGGUGUAUAAACUGUCUCGCCUUUCUUUACCUGAGAUUUACGUUUCUCUUAAUGUGUGUCGCACAUGCAUGGAUUCAUCGCUUGUGCAUUCAUUAAACACAGGCGCCCAUACACGCCUGUCUGUAGGCCUGAAAAAUGACUAAGAUUGCUGGAGAUGCGAAUGGCAUAGCCUGUCAUAUAUACCGAAAACCUCUCCGACGCUAAUUUAUAAUGAUAGGAAGGUUUUGUGGGUGGGGCUAUCAUAACUCGUCAGUGGAUCACGAAAUUCAAUCAUAGUGUUAAAAAAAAGUUCCAAUCACUGGCCAAUCACUACCGUCACAUUCAGUGAUUGGCCACGCGUAAUGGCUACGCCCACUUUCGGAUUCAGGAAACCUCUCGCGCAUCACUGUAUUUCUGAGGAUCUCGCACAACUGGAUAGUGGAGUCCUCCGCUAUUGUGUGAUUAUUUUUAAUUUCCAUUGGUUAGAUUUUACAAGUCCAUCAAGAACACCUCCAGGAAUGCUAGAUCGCUAUGGAUGGCCGUGAAAAAGUAAUGAAUUUAAAACAAAUACCGAACUUUUCUGAUGGCUGAUUUCUCGCAAAUUAUGAGCGGUGGUGGAAGAAAAAAACCUGUGAAGGAAAAAAGAGCAACAUUUGUUUCGGUUUGUUACUGAAACGCUGGCGGUUAGACUGAACGCGGACCUUCGCCGUGCCGAUAGCUGCGGCGGAUGUUGGCGCCUGGUCGCCGGUAACGGAUGAGCUGAGAAGGCAAACACGAAUCACUGUGAUCGCCCAGUGUUGCCUUCACCUGAACGAAUGCCGUUUUUCAGAGCUGUUCCUGCUGUCUUUUUAUCUAUCUUAAUUUUUAUUAUAAAUUAUGGCCCAUGUUCUUUCUGUGACGGUUUUUAAGGUUUUAGUAAAUAUUUAUCUAAAUUAAUCUUUAUUUUGGGAUAUUUUUCUCUUGUGGCCAAUUGAGAAUGACUACAAGUCUGUAUCUUAAAGAAAUGAACGCACAACAAGUUUGUUUUCUACUGUAAUAUUGUAGCGUUUCAGUUUAGACGUCUUAUUAUUGGGUUUUGCUUACUAAGGAUGAGCGGCUGAUGUCUAUGCAAAACCCUUUGACAGGUGAACACACAAAAACCCAAAGGCUGUUUUGAAGCACUACUAGUAAUUUUCUUUUUUGCAAAAAGGAUUUAUUUAUUUGUUACUGUGCCAUUCAUUCAAAUAUGUUAGAACUUUCUUUUGUAAACACGUUUUUGCUUGUUUUUGUUUGUUUGUUUUUGGGGUUUUUUGCAGUAUUCAUCCCAGAUACAUAUUUGAAUGCGUAGUAUAUCCUGCACAUUCGCACCGAUGGAAAAUAAAAAUGGCUGUGAAUGAAUAUUAUUAGAUUUGCCGCUGUUCAGUAAGCGCAGCACCGGGGCAGGGAGCACGUGUGUGUUCUGCGCUAUGAUGCUUCUUUUGGUUUUCAUUGCAGUUUUGUUGCGCAGGUAACAGAGAUUGUAUCGUACUGUAUUACCUCGCUAACAGGAUUAUACGCAAACCACGUACGUUAGCUCCGGAAUAACGACGGGAAUCGUGUUGGACCAAAACAUUUCUGCCACAAAGUUUUUUUGUUGUUGUUUUUUCCCAUUUGAUACAUUUGGGAGGAAGGAAAUGGGGCAUGUCUCAUGGUGAUGACUUGUAAACUGUAAUCAGUGGUUCUUUCGCACUGUGAUUCUUUCGUUCUGUCCUGUUCUAAUCUGUAACGUCAUGUUUCAGCCCUGAAAGGAUUCUUCAGACGGUCUGCCAGAGCUUGCUGUGUUUAACAGCCCUGAUUGGAGUUUGGAUUAUUUUUGGAUUUGUUUCCUCAGUGUGUCUUGCUGUAGAGCGGUAAUGUCUCUGUGUAAAUGCCAUUGUCGUCGGUUUUCCCGUUGUACCCUUUAUUUGCUUUGCACUUGCAACUUUUGUGGACUUUCUGGCAUUGAAAUGUUUAACCCUUGUGAGCGACUGUUAUGUGUAUUGAGCCUAUUUUUCCAAGCGUUUAGUCAGACCUGCCUUCUACUCUUAAAACGGAAAUGUAUAUUUUUAAAGAAAAUUUGUCUGUGUGUUUUUUUGUGUGUAACAGAGGUCAUUUUUAAUCAGCGUAUGUUUCAUUUUUGUGUCCAGUACUUUAUGAAACUCUGCCGUCGGUUUUGUCUGAAUUAUGAACUGUUGCUCUGUUCUGAUGUGUCACUGGUCUAACAUGCAAGCUGAUUGGCCAGGUGAGCAACUGCUUUUGGGGAUUCUUGCAGGUUCACUUGUCCGUGACUAGCCUCUGGCAUUGCUUUUUCCUGCGCAGUACUUUUGAACUUCAGUACCUCUGAGGAAGAAGAUGGGCUGGUUGAUUUGCUGCAGAUCUUUUUAUUUGGUAUUAAGAUGAUGUGAUGUGAGACGAAGUUACCCGCAAACUCGUGACUUCUGUACUUUCAUUUGGAAAUAAAACGCGCAAAAAAGUUCUAAAAGCAGGGAACCUCCGCUUACAUCCGCAUUUUAGCUGAAAAAGAACUGUUGCAAGACGUUCUGAAGCCGCGCAAUCACUCGAACAAAGACGCAUGAGAAACGCACGCAGAGGAAAAAGAGGAUUUCGGGUUGAACGUUACCUGAUCCGUACGCGUUUGGGAUUAUAUGGGUGCGUCCCAUUACCUUUCACUCCCCACCGCCUUUCUUCCACUCUCCCACUACCACUCGUCUCCUACACGGAAGUAUGUGGAGGAAAGGAGACCAGUUUGAAGUCGCUUCGUCAGUACAGUUCUGUGCGCUUCACUCGUCUCCUCCGAUAUUGGGACACUGGAGGGAGGGAGGAUACAAAGAUCGCUUUCCAGUGCACGGAGGAGACUAGGUGGUAGUGGAGAAAAGGAGGAUACCGUUUUCGAGUGCUGGGACGCAACACUUCUCAACAGUUAUUUUUUCUUCCGCUGUCAUCUAUCCUCCACUCAUCCAAUCCAAGCCAAUCGUUUUGCUGACUGUAGUGAUGUCACUGUAACCGUGGGACUGUGGAACGCUUUGCUUUGAAACAGAGCUACAGCCGAACACGCGGAUUGUCCUUUCUUACUUUCAAAUAACUUUUUAAUAACUGAACUGGUUUUCCUCUGGCGUUCGAUGUGCAUUUGUGGAGCACGUGCUCCGAGGUACAGAGGUGGAGUUGUACCUCGGAGCGUGUGCUCCACACUCCUGUUCUGGAGUUCAGGCGAGUUCAGAUGGGGAGUUUCUCCUGUACAGGAAGAUUUUUUUUUUCUGUGCUCAGUGAAUCGUUUUCGCACUCGAUGCUCAGUUCAUUCUCGAGCUGGACAAACGGCACGAGCCGUCAGCCUGCUUUUCUAAGCCCCUCCCUUGUGGUUUAUUUCCUUUCGAAAUCUCACUUUUUAAAUGCUUGUGCAUGUGAACGAGUACCAGUACGUGAAAAGUACACUCGAUAUGCACAUACAAUAUACUGUCAAUAUGCGCAUACAUACAUACAAACCAACAUAGAUGCAAUCAUAUGCAACUGGCUGCGCUGGUUAAAAAAGAAGCUUGCUGUCUAGUCGCUUUGCUUGCGUCUGCUGUUUUUUUUAUUUUUUAUGUCAGGAGCAUAUUCUGCAUGUAUUUUGUAUGUUUCUUUCUGUAUUUGUUUUUUAUGAAGCAAGAUGUAAUGUAUAACAUGUUAUUGGUUUAACAUUCUUUUAAAAUACGGAGUGCAGUUUGUGUUCGGCAGGUAGCAAAAUGGUUCCUGUCCCGUCGUUAAUGCAUCCUACUGGUCUCGCUUGUGCUCAAUUACCAUCUAAAUUCGCAGACACAUUGUGUUUUUAAAAGGUUUUGGGGUCUGCAUAUAUGUGUAUUAUGAAUAUAUAAAAUGUAAUUUUUCAAGUGUCCCUUAUCUUAGUUACAAAUCUCCUUUACAAAAUAGUCGGCAUUUUAUAUCCUUCCCAACGUUUGCCACAACCACUGAAAAACUAUGGAACUGAUUUUCUUUAGACUUCUUUUCCUUUAUUUUCUUACUUUUUAUAGUUUAAAUAGUUUUAUUUCUUUUGUUUCAGGGAUGUAAUGUAAGACAUUAUUUAAUGUCUGCAUCGUUAGGUUGCUCUCCGAGGUAUACUGUGUAAACUGCUAUCUGUAAAACAACAUCUGAAAAUAAUUCAGCUUGUACACAUCAGCUCUGGCUUUAGAGGACUGAAUCAGUUUUGAGACGCACGUUAUUUAAAGAUGGGUCACUUCUUUAACUCACUUUUGUGUUUGCAGAGAUGAUGAAAUCAAGAGGACAGUUUUAACAAAGGAAGACAUGUUUUCCUGUACUUAAAUGUGACGAAGAAUUUAUGCAAUGAUGCGGGGAAAUACUACUCAAGUAUGUUAGUGUAUGUUUCAGCAAUCGUUUUACUUAUGUUGUUGUGUCUUUUAUGUCAUAGUUUUAAAAAUAAACAUAUAUGUAGAAAGAUAUUAAAA